UGAGUUGUGUUUCUUCUUCUUUCCUUUUUUUUUCUCAUUGACCUUCUUGUCUCCUUCUUUUAUCAAGCCUGUAACACAUUGAUUGUACUUGUUGAAUGCUAAAGUAGGAAAUGGCCCAGAAUCUUGGAAUGAAGAAAGAAGUAAUCCCAUCAUUAAUUAGAUCUAUUGAAGAUAAUGAAGUUGUGGGAUUUGAUGAUAAUGUUAUGAAGCAUUGUGUGUUAGAUGUUGAACUUAUGGAUUCUGGAGAGAACAAAAUCGAACCCGAAAUCUCGAAUGAUAGUUUGCACCACCAUCGAACGCCAUCGAUAUCCAUCAGUAUGCCAUCGUCUCCGAUGGAAGGCCAAAACCCGAAAAGAGUUGCAUUCAACGUUGAACUCGUUGGCAAGAACGAACCCGAACCUGAACCCGAACCACCCACGGUUUCAACCACUAAAUUCCAUUCCCAGCCCAUGCCGACUGGGGUCGGUUUUGAAGAAGCAGUAGCCGUGGGAAAAUUCCCAAAGCCGCUCGUGAGAAACCCGAGAAUUGAUAAUCUAAAAGACGAAAGAUUCACCUCGUUCAAAACAUGGUCCGGUAAACUCGAGAGGCAACUCUCGACUUUACGAGGAAAACCACCUAGCGAACCACCGGUUAGCACCCCUCGUGAGAACGUGCCGGUUGAUCGGUAUUUCGAUGCGUUAGAAGGACCCGAGUUGGAUAUUCUUAGGCCAUCGGAGGAAAUAAUUCUACCCGAAGACAAAAAAUGGCCAUUUCUUCUGCGGUAUCCGAUCUCAUCAUUUGGUAUAUGUCUCGGCGUAAGUAGUCAGGCGAUCAUGUGGAAGAACUUAGCGUUAACCGAGUCGACACAUUUCCUUCACGUAAGCCCGAAUGUGAACCUGGUUCUAUGGUGUAUUUCAGUGGUUCUUUUCGCGGUCGUGGCAGCGGCUUACCUACUAAAAAUAAUCCUCUACUUUGAAGCGGUUCGUCGCGAAUACUACCAUCCGAUUCGAGUAAACUUCUUUUUCGCUCCGUGGAUCGCAUUACUUUUUUUGGCGAUUGGAGUUCCAGCAAAGGUGACCACAGAACUACCGCAUUUCCUAUGGUAUGUUCUUAUGACACCCAUAUUCAUCCUAGAGCUCAAGAUUUACGGACAGUGGAUGUCCGGUGGGCAGAGGCGGUUAUCGAAGGUGGCGAACCCGUCUAACCAUUUAUCGGUUGUUGGAAACUUCGUCGGGGCUUUGUUGGGUGCCUCGAUGGGGUUGAAGGAAGGUCCGAUCUUCUUCUUUGCGGUCGGAAUGGCUCACUAUACCGUGCUGUUCGUUACACUCUAUCAACGACUUCCUACCAAUGAGACUUUGCCGAAAGAACUUCAUCCGGUUAUUUUCCUGUUUGUCGCCGCCCCGAGUGUUGCUUCAAUGGCCUGGGCGCGGAUUAACGACUCGUUUGAUUACGGGUCUCGAAUCGCUUACUUCAUAGCCAUGUUCCUUUAUUUCUCACUGGCAGUACGAGUGAAUUUCUUUAGAGGAUUCAAGUUCUCGUUGGCGUGGUGGGCGUACACUUUUCCAAUGACUGGAGCCGCAAUAGCGACGAUCAGAUACACGAGCGAAGUGUCAAACAUCGUGACUAAACUCUUAUCGGUUGGGCUUACGACGAUUGCCACCCUAACUGUUUUCGGCUUACUUGUAACAACAAUUCUGCAUGCUUUUGUGAUGCGCGAUCUCUUCCCGAACGACAUCGCCAUCGCCAUCAGCGAUAGGAAGCCGAAAACGGUUCGGAAAUGGUUCCAUAGGAGGGCUGGCAGCUCGGAGAAAGACAUUGAACAUUACCUUAAAUAUGUGACUUCAAACGAGAAAGAUGUUGUUGAGGCUUCAGUAACAGACAAAGAUGUUGAAAGUCAAACUCCAUUGCCUUGAAUUGAAAUAUUAUUGAUUUAUUGUUUAAGUGACCGUACGUACAAUAGAGGAACAUGGGCUUAUGGGCUUCCAUUUUCCGAUGAUGUUGGAUGUUUAGUGUGAAUGGAACAUUUUACGAGGAGAACAAUAAUGUUGUUGAGUUGUAAAUUUUUUGUGAUGAUGAUUAUGUUAUGAUUAUUGAAUUGGUA